CAGUUUGCUGGGAGGGCGGGGACAGAUUAUACAGGAGCUGUAUGUGUGUGAGUGAGAGAGUGAGUGAGUGAGUGCGGCCAGAGAACUCCAACCAGACUCAUCCGCUGUGUGAGACCGGGGGCAGCAGCUGCAGCAGCAGGGAUGAGGGGAGAGCCUUACUAUAUCGGGAUGAGGGACAGCAGCUAUUUUGCCUGUGCGGCGGGAGGAGGGGAACUGCUUCUCCUGUAUCGCAUGCGCAGAAACAGAGACCUGUCCAGAUACUUCUCAGAAGAAGACUUCCAGGGCAUCACUGAUUUCAAUGACCUCCCCAACUCCCUUUUUGCUUGCAACGUCCACCAGUCUGUGUUUGAAGAUGAAGAAAGCAAGGAGAAAUUCGAGGGUCUGUUUCGCGCCUAUGACGACCGCGUCACGGUGCAGCUUUUCAAGAGCUUCCGAAGAGUGCGGAUAAAUUUCAGCCACCCCAAGGCAGCGGCGAGAGCGAGGAUAGAGCUUCACGAAACACAGUUCAGGGGCAAGAAAUUAAAACUGUACUUUGCACAGGUUCAGACCCCAGAGAGAGACGGAGAUAAGCUUCACCUGGCACCCCCGCAGCCCGCCAAACAGUUCCUCAUCUCACCCCCCGUGUCCCCGCCCCUCGGCUGGCAGCCAAUCGACGACGCCACACCCGUUAUUAAUUACGACCUCCUUUAUGCAGUCGCCAAGCUCGGCCCAGGUGAGAAAUACGAACUUCACGCGGGAACAGAGUCGACCCCGAGCGUGGUGGUGCACGUGUGCGAUAGUGACAUGGGGGAAGAGGACACAAAGAACUCACCAAAGCCUAAAAUUAUCCCCACCAGACGCCCCGGCUUGCCUCCAACCAAAUCCAACUGACCUGCCCAUGGGGCGCGACCCCCAGACUGAAUCUUUUAACACGGCUUUUAUAUCCUUAACUCUUCCAUUAGAGCGUAGGCUUUUUCUCAUUUUUUACAGGAAGUAUUGGCGCAUUGUGACAUCACUUUUGGGUUCCGACUCAAUACAGGGAGACCUACAUCAAGGCACAUGAUUUGGUCUCCCAGGUGCUGAUUGGCCAGAGGACUGAGACUUGUGCUUGGGGCUCAUAUUAGAAUCGAGAAAAAAAUAUAACACCAAUUUUUAUUUUUUUUUUAAUUUCAUAUUUGCACAAAAAAAACUAUUAAUGCAAGAUUUCAUCAUAUCGCUUGUCGUCUUGUCAGCGUUUUUUUGUUGCUCAUACGUUAAUUAUGUUCUUAACCCCUCCCACUGGUUCCGGCAGAGAGAGACGCGCGGGCUUAGCGACGGCCAGAAGGAGCAUGUCGGAUAUCUGUGCAAUUGAUAUUUGUAAAUUGUUUGUGUAACAAAAAAAAAAGUAAAAAUAAAAUGUAGAAAUUAAAA